AUGUUUUAUAGAACAAUCGACAACGAUUUCAUCGGUACCGAUCGAACAAUCGGUUUUGAUUCCGCAAUGGCUCGCGUCAUCGAAUGCGUGGACAAUCUCACGGCUACAGCUAUGAGCCAUCACAGGACAUUUAUAGUUGAAGUGAUGAGCCACGAAUGUGGGAAUUUGGCGCUUACAGCCGGCAUAGCGUUGGAAGCAGACUUCGUUUUCAUUCCGGAAAUUCCUCCUCCUGACGAUUGGCCUGAAGUAUUGUGUGGUCACCUCCACAGAAAACGAAAGGCCGGUAGCCGUCUAAAUCUCGUUGUUGUCGCCGAAGGGUCUGUCGAUGCGAAAGGGAAUCUAAUCAAAACAGAGCAGAUCAAAAAGGUUAUAGAAGACAAAUUGAAGUACGACGUGAGAGUCGCUUCAUUGGGUUACCUUCAAAGAGGAGGUUCUCCAAGCUUUCUCGAUAGACUUCUUGGUUGUCGAAUGGGACACGAAGCUGUGAACACCGUAUUAAGUUCUGAUCCUUCUUCACCAAAAAUGUUGUGCCUGAAAGGCCAUAUUAUUGUAAAAUUACCUCUCUCAAAGCUAAUCGGUAAAACGCAAAAAUUGAUUGCCGAGCCACCGAACUUCUUUUUCGGAGUAGCCAGGAAUUUCGCUGUUAUUCACGUGGGAGCUCCAGCUGCCGGAAUGAAUUGUGUUACGCAUGCCUUUGUACGAAUAGCGAAUCACUCGAAGUACAAUGUGCUUGGAGUUGAGCAAAGCUGGGAGGGUCUCGCUGAAGGUCGAUUCAAGGAACUUAACUGGGGUAACGUCACCGGAUGGAUGUGUCGUGGAGGUUCAGAGCUCGGCUCGAAAAAACAGUUACCCACAAAUUUGAUUAAAAUUGCGCUCAUUCUGGGAGAGCAGAACAUAGAAGGAUUGCUGAUUGUUGGAGGAUUCGAGGCUUUCCAGUCCGCUUUGGUUUUGAAUGAAGCCCGCUACAGUUACAAAGCAUUCAACAUUCCAAUUGUUGUCGUGCCGUGCUCUGUUGAAAACAACGUACCCGGGACCUGCAACUCUCUUGGCACAGACACUGCGCUCAACGAGAUUUGUCGACAGGUGGACAAUAUACAGCUCUGUGCACAAGCAACCAGGAAAAGAGCAGUGAUCAUAGAAACGAUGGGUGAGCGAUGCGGGUUUCUGCCUGUGAUGACAGCUAUGGCGACGGGUGCCGACAAGGCAUUGGUGUUCCAGAAAGAGUGUACUGAAAGAGAUCUGAAGAGGAUGGCUCAGCAUGCUGCAGUGAAAGCACAACGAGGGUUCAACCAGUACACGGUUGUCCGAAGCGAUGGUGCGGACGAUAAAAUAGGAUGUGAUGAACUCAAAAGCUACUUUGAACAACACGAAGAUUAUCCGUUAUCUGCACGAGUGAAUAUUCUAUGCCAUGCACAAGUGGGUGGUGCACCAUCUGCAUUCGAUCGCCAAAUGGGACUUCGUAUGGCAAUAUACGCUUUCCAAGGAUUGAAAGAACCUAAGCGAAUGGGUGAUCACGACUGCUGUGUCUUGGGGCUCGUUGGGCGGAAUCUGAAGUUCACGUCUGUUCCGGAGCUUGCAAAGGAGACAUGCUUUGUCCAUCGUCUGCCUCUGUCACAAUGGUGGAUGUGCCUUUUGCCACUCGUUAGCGAAUUAUCAGAUAUCGAGGAGGCAGCUUAUAGCUGA